UGCAUGUUAUUCUUUGGGGUCCUCGUUUUCUUUUGGGAGAAGAAGGUGUCAGUGUUGAACCCGGAGCACAUCCCGGUCUGAUAUGUAAUGCCAUUCCCAGACAGACAACCCUACGCCCUCGAUGGAGAUGACGCUAGCGCUUGAAGGCGAUGUUUUUUCCUCGGACUGCGUGGCUGGCGAGACAGUAAUGCCGAGGCGGGGAGCAGCUUCAUAGCUCAUUGCCCUCAUCCGAGCAACCGCCUGAGAAGCACCGUGCCAAAGCCAAACGUUUGCUGGGUGCCCGCUGCGUCGCUGCGAGGGGUGGGGAGCAGCGCGCCCGCUCGCGGGGGCUCCUCGGGGACCCACCGCCUGCCAGCUUCCCUCUGCCAUCCUCUGAGGCAGCCUGUCCCCAAACACACGUGUCUGGGAAAGGGAACGACCACCAUGUAACCAGACAGCUAUAAACCUUCAGCUAUAGACCACUGACAGGAGUCUGUAGACCACCAGUUUGGGAAACCUCUGCUUUACACCUCUAAAUGAUUCAACAUUUGUUCCCUCUGAUGACACCACGAAUCUGGGAAUGAAGAACUUCUUAGAGCUGAUUGGAAAUGGCAUUGCGGAGCUGAAACUUAACUGGAGGAAAUAUAUCUCCUGAAGAAGAAAAUAUAAUGCACUGUAAGGAUCUGACUUCUGGUGAAAAAUUCAAGCCUAGAGAAAACUUCUCCGCUUUGUUAGGAAGAAUGGGUUGGACAAUUUUCUUCAAUUCCAAAGGAUAUCUGAAUGCCAUGCUGAGCUUAAUCUCUGCAGCAUGCUCUGUGCUUCUCAUCUCUUCCUGAUGCACUGCAUGGUUAUCCUGAAGGGGAGGAUAAAGCAACUGGCCACCAAGAUGGUAAUCACUAGUGGAAAUGAAGAAGAUAAAGGCAGUCAAGAAAAGGAAAGCAAAGAAGAAACCAUCUUGGCAAUGCUUGGAAUUAUUGGGACAAUUCUGAACCUCAUCGUGAUCAUUUUUGUGUAUAUUUACACAACGUUGUAAACUAGGAGGCAUGCAAAUAGACCAGAUAAAAAGGCCAUUAAGAGUGACAACAAACAUUGUUGACUAUUGACAAGUUGUUUAAUCAGAAUUGACUCUGUAUUAUAUUAACACAUCAUAAAAGCACUGCCUGCAGGCAGCGAAGACUGAAGCACAAUUAAUUUAACAAGACUUUUUCACACAGUAACAAGCUUAACUCUUGUGUCCUGCCCUCUUCCUUUCGGAUUGGUUUUCAGUUUGGGGGAAAAUGACUGCAAUUAUGUAAGUUGUGGCUUUGAAGAAAUCCACCAGGGAUAUGUUGUUUUAACACAAUUAAAAGGAAAAAAAAAAAAAAAGAAACUGUACACUAUAUACCAUUAGAAAUGUAUACUGUAUACUCGCAAAGAAUGAACUCAAAGAUAGCAUCAUAGCACAGAUCACGUGUCCGUUAGGUCAAAUGAUUUUUUUCUCUUGGUUUUUGCUUUUACUUACAUUGAAUCUGACAAGCUUUUUAUUUAGAAUGAACAUAUGGUGCAAUCAUGAAAAAAACAAUUCCAUUGAGCAAGGUCUGCCUAAACCUGAUAAAAUGUUGGGAGAAAUACAUUACAUGGUUAUUUUUCCUUUCUCAUUUGCUUAACAUCUGUGUCUGUUCAUACCAAUGUUUAUAAAUAUAUAUUUUUAAUAAAUGUGCUAUAUUUUUAGCAUGAACCAAAUAUUUGGAGACACUUGUAUUCAUGCAGCUAAAUUUUGUUUGAUGAAGUGCCCUUUUUGACAGUGGAUGUUAUUUUUCUCAGCAAUUAUACAGCAGUCGUGUUUGCAGCCCUCUCACUGUAGUCUGAAGCAAGCUCACAGCAUGCUCAUAUGCAUGACUUGAAGUUGGAAUGUCAGCUGAAAAGCAUUGCUGCUUAAUACGGGAAAUAGCAAAACAUUGUAAGGUGACCUUUGGAGACUGGUUGCAGAAAGAAGGCUCUAUUUAUAGUUAAGAAAAAAAAAAGGCAAAUGAAAGGAAUAUUGAGGCACCUCACAAAAUAUUACAAAAUUCACAGAAUUUAUGGCUUUCAGAAUCUGGUCACACUCUCUCAGUACUUAUAUUGAGAGAAGCAAGCAGACGUUUAUGCAGUUGAAAAGAGAAAUUUAGAGAUCCUGUAGUGAGGGGCUUAAGCGAAAUCCAGACUGUAAAUACAGAAUAUAUUUUAAAUGUGAGGAUAAUUAACCCUUUAUGCUUCUCUCACAUGUGCUUUAACUGGGGUCGGUGCAGUGAAAUUCUCUGACUUGUGUUUUUGUCAGGAAUGUACAAUGAUGAUGAUCACCAUUUUUCUUCAGAGUUCAGUACCUAUAGAUAUAUGAAGCAUUAAAAAUAUGAGACCUCAAUUCUGCCUCAAGCUGCCUAAGUACUUUGCCCAUUAACUCUGACAUAUCCUCUUAAAAAAUAGGUCAAUUAAUUGUUUACUGUCUUGCGGUUUGGAUUGCAUCCUCAGAUGCACAAGGAGGUUUGCUACUGAAGUCAGCUGGAGGGUAAAAAGUUUGAUCCUCGAGCCUCGUUGAUUUUAGUGACCAGUCCUGUCCCUCUGGAAUCAGCUUUUCAUCCAUUUCCAGGGACUACAACUGGUCUCAAAAAUACAGAACUUCAUUGCAGGGUAUAAAAGCAACUCUGGAAAACCCUGAGGGGCACCUCUCAUAAACAGAGGUGUUUAGUCUCUUGUGGUAUUGUGCUUUCAAUAACAAAAUCAUUAGGAGAAGGGAAAAGGUCAGUAAAUAGAUUAAAAUGAAAUCCAAUAUGAAGACUGAAGGAAAAAAGAGCAAAAAUAAUCCCAUGUUAAUGAAAAGAUGACAGGGUGAGAGAGGUGAGAAAAUGAACAGAGAUUUGAACAAGCAGAGAAUGGCACAGGAAGAGGGUGCCAAGCAUGCUGGGGUGGUGGAGCAAACAUUUGUGUUUGGACAGUGCUGGUAGAGCUGCAGGUCUUGGGGAGGGUGAGAAACAUUAGCGGCACAGCUCAGUGGAGCUGAGUGAGGCUGAUCUUGGCUUUAAAUUUAUAGUUAUUUUUUGGUAAUUCUAGAGAGUUAGCAAACUCUGCUUUUUUAUCAUCCUGAAUGAAAAAAAAAUGGCUAAAAUAUAUUUGCCUCUACUCUACAUCUCUUCUUAUGGUUGAACUACUGCUGAUCACAACGUGUGGCAAUGGUGCUCAUGCCCCAGGGCACACCUGCACAUACUCCAGGCACUUGGCUAGUCCCAGCCUGCCCCUCAUGCUGGCAGGAUCCUCUCUGCAGAUGUUUCUCUUGAACCCCUCCUCCUCCUUCUCCAGCAAACACUGAAGCAAUCUACCUGAGGCUUGUACCCAUCUUCUGGAGGGGAAGCGUGGGAAAGGGCAGUGUCUGACUCAAGAGAUGAUCUCUGAUAUCUGAUAUUUCUUUGCCUCUCUCUGCAUCAGAUGAUAAUACCUGUCGUCUUCUUGUGAGCAUGAAGAUGCUUAAUGAAUGAAAUUUCAUAGAAUCAUAGAAUGGUUUGGGUUGGAACGGACCUUAAAGAUCAUCUAGUUCCAACCCCCCUACCAUGGGCAGGGAGACUCUCUACUAGAUCAGGUUGAUCAAAGCCCCAUCCAACCUGGCCUUGAACUCCUUGAAUAGGGAAGGGGCAUCCACAACCUCUCUGGGCAACCUGUUCCAGUGCCUCACCACUCUCACAGUGAAGAAUUUCUUCCUAUUAACUAUGUGCACUCGAUCCCACUCUCCAUGUCACCAACAAAGAUGUUAAACAGUGUCGGUCCCAAUACCAACCCUUGAGGAAUGCCACUCGUUACUGAUCUCCACUUGGACAUUGAGCUGUUGACCGCAACUCUUUGAAUGAGACCAUCCAGUCAAUUCCUUAUUGACCUAGUGGUCCAUCCAUCAAAUCCAUGUCUCCAAUUUAGACAGAAGGGUGUCAUGCAAGACAGUGUCAAAUACUUUGCAUGAGUCCAGGCAGAUGACAUCAGUUGCUCUUUCCUUAUCCACCAAUGCUGUAACCCCAUCAUAGAAGGCCACCAAAUUUGUUAGGCAUGAUUUGCCCUUCAUAAAAUACUUCUAUUUCUUCUUCUAUUUCAUUAAGUACUUCCAUUAAUAUUACAAAUUAAAGCUCUGCAUUGUAAAACAACAUAAAACACCCCUACCCCCAUAAAGUAAAGUAGCAACUUUUGCUGUUCAUCAUAGUUGCACUCCUUCAGACCUGGGCCAGCAUCUUCACCAAGACAGGCAUUGCCAACAGUCUGAACAUGCUUAAGCUGAAGUGGUGGAUCAAACAGCCUAAGGACUCUGUGUUUACUCCGCUUUUCCCAACAGAAGACCUGUUCGGGGAAGUUUCCAGCCAUGGGUGUGCUGUACUUUGGCUGUUAACAGUGUAGGCAGCGUGUCCAGGCACCUACCACCCCGUGCUGUCAGCAGCCAUGUGCCGGUUACUUUGCCACAGAGCUUUUAUUGCACCCUGAAAUAGGAAGAAAGGUUUAUUCCAUACCAUAAAAAGUUUAACACUUAAUAUUUUAAUUUUACAGGUUUCUGUUCACAGAUAGUUCUAGAAAUAUCCUUGGGCAAGUACUUCUUAAGCAGAUUCAUUAAGUAUUCAUUUAAAUAAAAAUGAAGGGUUUCCUUCGAGGGCAAUUUCUUUACCUUUUACUUGGUAUUCAUGAACACUGAUACGGGAAAAGUAUGUUUUCAAGAAUGACUGUGGAAGGGAAAUGUUUUAUACAAGGAUGUGGAAGUAUUCCUACCCAGGCAGCCACACACGGACCUGCUUUCGGCUGAAUGCCAGCUGGAGCCAAAUUACCCUCAUGCUUUUUUAUGUGAGCAGUUUUCAGCAUGCACCUAUAAGAAAUAUUCAACUAGGUAACGUAUAUAUCAUGGAUACCUUAUAGCCAGUAACUGCAAUAUAAAUAGUUGAAUAAAACUUCUCAUUACAGGUGCUGAAUGGUAAAUCUGCUUUGGCAAGGAAAAAGCUGAUUAGUCUCAUUUUUGGCUUGACUUGUAGGUAAUACAAAUAGUUUCCAAAGUAAAUUUUAAAAAUAAAAAUAUUACUUCAUUAGCGACAGGAACGUGGAUGUUUGCAUUUGAGUAGAAGAAAAGUAAUAUCCAAUAUCUUAAUAAGAUAUGAAAACAACAGCUUUUGCUCCUGUAAACUAAAGAUAUGACUGCAUUUUUAAAUUAUCCUAUAUAGUUUUAUGGUUUGUAUUGUGGGAAUGAAAAAUAUUUUCCUGAGGUGACAGGAAGGUGACAUUCUCCCUACUAGUGUCUUGUGUGUUGUUGGCACAGCAUAGUGGGUACGGAAGACUUUCAAGAAGAAAUAAGAUAAAACUAUUUAAAACACAUUAUUAACACAACAAAGUGUGGAGGAAGAAGAAAGAUAGGCUAAUGUUCUCAUCUCUGGCUCCUGUAACUGCCACUGAAAAUUCAAGAUCUCAUGAAUCAUGUCUUCAUGCAGGAAUAUACCUUCUUGUGUACUCUCUGACAAGGCACUCUUUUCUGUCGCAUCUCUUUUGCUCCUUCUGCUUACACCUCUGCAGCUGUGUGUGGCUUAUCGCACCUGGGGAUGGUUUCUACAGGUGCCCAGCCUGGGAUCCUCUGAAAGCUGCUCUUUUGGUUUAUUGUGGUGUAAAGUUCUACUAUGGGGCAGAGUUUUAUUAUUUUAAGGACAGUCAGUAACCAUCUUCACGUUAUUGUCUGAUAACGUAGGUCAUACUUUGAAUUCCCAGACCCACCCCUCCAUUGGCCCGCAGGUAACAUUUUGAUUCAGUAGACACCCAAAUACUAAAAAAGCUUCUGUCACAUUUUGGUAAGACUUUAGUAUAAAGCACUGCUAAAGCCCAAGUGUCUUAUAGUUCUGUUUCAUCUAUGUCCUAGAGCUUACCUCAGAUGCCCCAAGGUCUCAUCGAUGUCAGGAGGUGCCAUCAUUUCUGAGUAAGAAUUGACAUUUCAGAGAUCAUUGUGGCAUAAGCAGAGAACUUGGCCUAGAAAGGGGAAUGAGGAUAAAAAGUAACUGAAUUAAAACUCCAUGGAGGCAGCACUGCAGAAUUUUCUAAUUAAAUAGUUUUGAGGUUUGGCUGGAGUACUUUGUUUCUUGCUAGCCAGUGUUUUGGAGAAAAAAUAUUAUUGUUCCUUGGAAAGUUUCUGGAAGAAAUAUGUCUAAUUGAAAGAAAUAACUUCACUGAAAAUGUUUCAGCAGCAAUUUCCAGCAGCAACCUUCCAAAGAAAACACCAACCAGGCCUCCGAGUGACUCUGGCUUGCUUCCCAAGAGUACUUUUUGGCAGCCCAGGAACAUACUGCACAUAUAUGUAAGCACCUCUUGUUUACUGAGAGACUUUGUCUUCUUUGGAGCCGAAUGCACAGAUUUACAAAGAUUUGCAAAUGAAAGGAAUAGUACAUUAUGCAGUCAACAAAAACAAAACAACAAAAAAAAUGCUGUUCACCUUUAUUUCCAGCAGAUACCCUGCAGACACCCUGCAGAACCUGCAGUGCUUCCAUGCCUAGCUGUGCAUUUUGGAGGCUCUUCCCAAAGGGUCUUAUAAACUCAGUGCAGCUUUCCUUCCCUGCCAAUGAUUCAAGAGAAACAAAACCUGUUCAGUGUGGAAAACUCUAUGUGAGGCUGAAAUCCCACAUGAAUUCAUACACAUUUAUCUACAUAUGAACCAUCUGGUAUCCAAUAAGUGUCUCCUUGUCUUGAGCAUUGGGUUUGCUUAUUUGCAAUUCACCUAGGGACUCAGAUGGUGAAAGGCAAUUUGUAGGGUUGAAAGCACCCAACUGUUUCCAAUGAUACAACUUUACAUAAUGUAGCUGUUACCUAGAAAGCUGCCUGUUCAUCCUGAGAUAUACCUGUGUGGUGCCAAGUGCAUGGCAGGAAAUCCUCCCCAUGUAGUCUUUCACUGACAGGGUACCCAUGACUGCAAGGGGAGUGGGUUUGGGCUAUAACUGGCCCCUACAGCAGGGUUCUGUACAAAACCCUGGAUCCCGAGUUGAGCUCUGUAGAUGAAAGGAGAUCCUGCCUUGUCAUAGAAGGUACUUAGCUAUGUUCACAGCACUGGAAUCCCUUCUUCUGCAACCAGUACAUAUUCAGCUUAAGAUGAUCCAUGCACCACUCCUGACCGUCCUGGCAGUGACAGAGCUUCCUUCCACAUGGGUGAGGAAAACAGCUUUGGGCUUCCCUAGUCUCCUAGAAUAGGGAGCAAGGUCCCUCCCUGCAAGCCUGACAUAGCAGCAGGUGCAUUUAUUUCUUGCUGACAACCACCAGGUCGCUUGCUUGGAGUGCUACUGGAGAUCCUUUUCCCUCCCAUCAUCCUAGAUAGCCUGGGAAAUCCAAGUUUAUUACCUGGUCUCUAGGUCUCACCAGUUAGACUAGGGCAGACUUGUUUUAUGAUGCUGAGACUUUGUUAUACUCAAAUGCCUUCUGGAGCCAGGUCUUCAGGAACAGAUUAAAGGUCCUGAUAUCUUAAUCUGGCCUUGAUACUAUGAAGGUCUCACCAUAACAAGUCUCAGUCAUUGUCAGUCUCUGGCAGCAAGGUGUUAAUGGACUAGCAUUAGCAAGGGACGCCAGAUGGGAGCCAUGGUGAGCCAGAGUUGGUGCAGAGGAGGCUGGCUGCUUUCCACAGUACUUUCCUACCUUCUUGAGGAGCAUUGGCAUUAUGGUGGAUUGAUACCGGUGGUGGGUAAAUGUAAUAAAAUGUUUGUGUAGCAGGGGAGUGAUUUCUCACCUUUAGUUCCUGCAAACUUAAUGAGAAAGAAGGCUUUAUAAAUAUUUCUGGCUUUGUCAAUCUAAGUUAUGGAUUAAAAUUUAUAUGUUUUCAAAUUUUAAUGUGCUGCCUUUUUUCCCCUACUAAUCAAUUCAAUUUUAGUUUUGCAGAUACCAUUCUUAUUUCUGUAAUAGCAAUGGCUAAUGUGAAAAUGUUGGUAUUGGAUGCCUAAGGAAAGAAUGAAGAUAACAUUGUCAAUGUUUUAUUAAUUUGUUAUUGUGGCAGGAAAAGACAGUCAGUGGUUUUAUCAGCACACGGUGCACAUUGUUAGCAUUAUUUCUGGAGCCUAAAGGAAUUCUGUGGGACAAAGAAUCAGCAUUUAAAGUUGUGCAUUUUCAAACAAAUGGCAGCAAACAGAGAAGCAUAUGAAAUGUUUGCGUUAGCUAAAACAAAACAGUGUCAAUUGUAUACAUUUUUAGCAGAUUCAAACUCAAAAGUGAGACCACACAACUAUCAUUCUUACACCCCUGCUGAUAUUGCAUAAUACACACUAGGGCAUAAUUUAGAUGCUCACUCUGCUAAAACUAUGCAUGUACGUAACUCAGGCUAAAGAGGUGUGUUCCUUUACAGUUAAUAUGCAUAUGAAUAUGUAUUUACAGAUUUGAGGCAUUAGCUGACAAUUAGUUGACAAUUCAACUAUAACAACAAUGCAACUAAUCAGACAGGGAAAAAUAUGAAAUUUCCUGUACACUGAGCUAUUUCUCUUUGCCUCAUUGACCUUAUUUUCAGCUGAUCUGUUUGAGACUCUAUGACUGAUGAGAAUGACGCUAAAGCCUGCCUAAUAUAACCAAUGAAAGAAACAAAACAAUGGAGGAAUAUUCAAUCUACAUCUUCCACCAGAAAGGAGGCAUUUCCCUAAACUGCUUCAAAAGAUCUCAGUGUUGAAUGUUUUACAUUUUCCUUUAUAUGAUUCACCAUCAGCCAACACACUAACUUGUUAGUGGUUUUAUCAUAUUUCUAUUUGAUUGUAUAAUAAUAUUUAUGUGCAGUUUCACUGAGCUGUGCAAAUACUAGCAAAUACAUUUUGCAUCCUUUGUCGCUUUUUAAGUUUUAUAAGCCUCUUUCUAGUACAUGCUAAUCUCCUGUUUUAAAGAUACAGAAGAGAAAUAUGACUACAUCCUUAAAGCAACAUACAAUCAUGCAGACCUCACUACAAGUUUAGGCAGAAAGUAUACGGCCUUUUACACAAAACAGAGGGCUUUGUUUCUCCAGCCUGUUCACAUGGCCAGCCCCAAGCAACCCUGAUACUGUGCUGAGUACGACAGUCCUACAAGAUUAGGUUCUUCUGAUUUUUAGAAAAAAAAGAGUUCAGCUGCCAAACUCCUUGAAGCAGAGCAUUGCACUGUCUUUACAAUUUACAGAGCAAGGCAAAAAAAUCUGAUGACCACAGACGAUGCUCAGCUCCUGGCUGACCUUUCCCUGUGGGCAGCAGUCCUCAGUGCACCCUGACAGACCUACUACCCGGUGCCCUUUAUACUCGAUGAAAGGCAAUAAUAGUUGGGCAAUUAACUUUCCAAAUUUUGAAAUAUCACCACUGUUAAUGUGCCUGGUUCCAUUGGUGCAAAGAUAUAAAAUAACACCAGAGCUAUCAGCCAGACAGUAGCCAAACACUGGCACGACUCGACACAGAACCCUUGCUGUCAUGUUUGGGAGUUAAAACACCCAAACCUGGGGCUUUCCUCCCACUGCUGUGACUGCCCAUCGUCAGAGAUGCUGAGGAAAUGCUUCUUCUACCCAUUGAGUAUUAGUUUUUGAAAUGAUUUUUGACCUGAGCUGAAGCAAAACCCUCAGCAGUUCAGAGAUUGUCACAGAAUGCAAUUUAGAAACAAUUGCUUUUUGCAAUUCAGUUUCAUAUGUUUUCAACAUGUUUUGACUGUUUUCCUUUUUUUAAUAGAAAUUUAAUUUCCAACUGAAAAGUUGUUUCAGAUUAAAAUCAAAACCCAAUUCCAAAAAAGCUAUAAUACUUUAUCCACUUUUUCCUGAAUGAAUUUUCAUUGGCAUCAAAGAAAUUCUGUGGGGGAAAAAACCCGACCUUUUUGUUGAAUUAUCACCUUCUCACUGAAAACUACUUGGAUUACAAUGUUCA